AUGAAGAAAACCAAACUGUUGCACAGCCACCCACCAAAUGAGCAUGAAGAAGAUGAAGAAGAAGAAAGAAGAAGAAAGGACAUGAAGCCCUACAUCCUACAACUGCCAAACCACCUGACUGUUGAGAUCUUCUGCAAAAUCCCAAUUAAAACCCUCAUCCAAUGCAGGUGUGUGUGCAAGUCUUGGCGUUGUUCGCUCUCAGACCCCGAAUUCACCAAAUACCUCUUCUCAGAAACACCUACUUGCCUUUUGCUCCAAAACAGCAGCUCCAGAAACCCCAACUCGAGUGGCCUCUUCUUGAUCGACCUCGACAACGCUUCUAACAGGAAUGACGUUGUCAUUAAGCUUCAUAAAGACCCUAAUGUCCCAACUCUUGGUGUACAAAUCGUGGGUUCCUGCAAUGGCUUCCUCUGCCUAUACGACAGGAUCAACUAUGGCCGAUUUUACGUCUCCAACCCUGUUUUGGGUGAGUCUUUAACUCUUCCAAAACUUCCCAAGGAAAUUGAUUUUCCAUUUCUUUCGGGGUUUGGGUUUUGUCCCAUCAAUGAUGUCAAUGCUUAUAAGUUAGUUCUGGUUUCAUCUCCUAGUGAAGGAUGUAACCAAGGGGAGAUAAUGGUUUUGACUGUUGGCUCUGGGGGUUGGAGAAAUGUUGGGAAUUUUGUGUACCCUUUUCCUUUUGGGUACCAAUCAUGUGGGAUUUUCCAUAAUGGUUUUCUUCAUUGGAUUUCUCAGUGCAGUGACAACUCUGUUUUGAUUUGUGCCUUUGAUCUUGAAAGUGAGCGCUUCCAAGAGUUGCCGCUGCCGCCUUGGUCUUUGGAAAAACCUCUUAUCAGCCUUGGGGUCCUGAAAGGUUGGCUCUCCAUAUUUGUCCCCUCCAAAGGUAAUGUCAAUGUUUGGGUGAUGAAGGAUUAUGGUGUGCAGGAGUCUUGGACCAAGGAGCUUGUCCUUAAACAGGUGAUUGGUUACUCAGCUAGCUCUUCUGCUACCCAAGUAUUGAAAUUUACCAAGAAGGGAAAAGUCUUGUUCUUUCAAAAGUAUAAACUGAGGGUUUAUACUCCUGGAAAAAGGGGCUCCAUCCCGGCAGCGGUUGAUGGGAUACCAUUAAUGGUUGAAGCUUUUGUGCAUAUUCCAAGCUUUGUUUCUCUUAACGAUGCCAUCAUGGAUUUGAGUUCAAAGAUAUAUUUUACAAAACACAUUCUACUCUCAAUGUCAAAAUUGAGGAAGGUGUUGGAGAGGCAACAGAAAGAAAGGGAAGAAAUCCGGUAUAGACAUGAUGAAGAAGAUCAGGACGCCGAUGAAGAAGAGGAACAAAGGCUUGCAGCAGCGGUGUGUAUGCUUAAUCAAUCAACGCAACACCGUCGUCCUCGUGCCCAAAAUGUGGACAGAUGUAGGGAGUCUCGGGAUAAGAAUCUCUUGGAGGAUUACUUUAUCCCAAAUUCGUUAUAUCUUGUUCAUAAGUUUCGAGAGAGAUAUAGAAUGUAG